AUGGCGGCGGCAGGUCCGAGUACUCGGGCCUCUUCCGCGGCGGCAGCGGCAGCUCUGAAUCGGCGGGGUCGGCGGGGCCGCUGUGACGAGAUGGCGGCAGCCAAGACUGGGACCCCGGGCCCGGCCUCUGGCCCCGCGCUGCUGGUGUUGCCGCCGCCGUUGCUGCAGCCGCCGCCACCGCCGCGGCCGGAGGAGUCGGACUGCGCUGGGUGCCUGGAGACCCCGGGGGAAGCGGCGGCCCUACCGUGCGGCCACUCGCUGUGCCGAGGCUGCGCCCAACGCGCCGCCGACGCGGCGGGCCCGGGUUGCCCGCGCUGCCGCGCCCGCGGCCCGGGCUGGGCCCGCCGUCGGGCCCGCGACAACUGGCAGCCCGACGCGGAGGUGCUGGGCGAGCGCGCCCGCCGCGGCCCACCCGAGCGCUGCCGCUCGCGUCGUGACGGGGGCGCGGCCGCCACGGGGCCCAGGCCCGAGCAGGAGACGCGCGGCGCGCCAGCGGAGCCAGAGUUUAUAUUCAGAGCACCAAUCAAAUUAAGCAAGCCUGGGGAACUUCGUGAGGAAUAUGAAAGCCUGAGAAAGCUGAGAGAAGAAAAGUUACAAGAGGAGAAAACCUCUGAAGAUCAAAUCCACAGGCUGUUACCAGAGGAUACAGAAAUGGGAAAAAGGAAAAUGGAUGAACAGAAAAAAAGAGAUGAGCCAUUAGUACUGAAGACAAAUCUAGAGCGUUGUCCUGCACGUCUCUCAGAUUCAGAGAAUGAAGAACCUUCUCGAGGCAAGAUGAUACAGACACACCGCUCGGCAUUUGUUUCCAAGAACAACUCCUACUCCUUAUCUUUCCUGGCAGGGAACCUAAAUUCCAAGAUGGAAAGGAGUCAGAGCUGCAGUGACACUGGUCAGGACAGAGUGAAGGGCAGACUGAGAGCAGCCCCAACCAGCAAAGCCAAGGUCACAACCAUGACCCCAGCCUCCAACCCUAUCAUUGGUGUCCUCUUGUCCACCCAAAACAACCGCUGCCUCUCAGCCCCUGACUUAACCAUUGAAAAGCGUCUGCCCUUCAGCUCCCUCUCAUCCUUGGCUUCCCUGCAUAAGCCAGAGCGCUCCAUCAGCCCUGAGAGCAACGACAGCAUCUCCGAAGAACUAAACCAUUUCAAGCCCAUUGUCUGCUCACCAUGUACUCCUCCCAAGAGACUCCCUGAUGGCCGUGUACUGAGUCCCCUCAUCAUCAAAUCAACACCCCGCAACCUAAACAGAAGCCUGCAGAAGCAGACUUCUUAUGAGGCCAGUCCACGGAUCCUCAAAAAGUGGGAACAGAUCUUUCAGGAGCGGCAGAUCAAAAAGACCCUUUCGAAAGCCACCCUCACCUCCCUGGCUCCAGAAACAGGGGAAGACUUACUCGUCACUGAAGUUACCCAUUCUAGCAAGGAGAAGCCACUUCUGGCUUUAAAUACAAGACUCUCCAGUGGGCAAGUACUCUCUGAGUAUACAGGACCUACCCCCACUGACCUUGAUUAUUUCCCCUCUGUUAGCCAGACAAAAGCAGAGCAGGGCAGUGACAGUAAAAGGAGCACUGAGAUCCCAUUAGAAACCUGCUGUUCUUCAGAACUCAAAGUGGGAGCCAGUGGGACUUCUUUGGAGAGAGAGCAGUUUGAAGGGUCAGGGUCAUCCCCAGAUGCCAAGUUAGAUAAAACCUGUAUAACAACAGCUAUGAAAAUCUCAGCAGUUAGUUCAGUGCUACCUAAAAACAGUGUUUUGGGCGGGGUCCUCAAAACAAAGAAACAGCUGAAGACAGUGAAUCAUUUUGAUCUGCCUAAUGGUGUUCUGGCAGACAGCCUAGGUGAGGAGCCACUUCCUUCCUUGCGUCGGGGCAGGAAAAGACGCUGUAAGACCAAGCACUUGGAACAAAAUGGCUCCCUUAAGAAACUGCGACAAAGCAGUGGUGAGGUGGGUCUGGCCCCAGCAGACCCAGUACUGCGAGAGAUGGAGCAGAAAUUGCAGCAAGAGGAAGAGGACCGGCAGCUCGCUCUGCAGCUGCAGCGCAUGUUUGACAAUGAGAGGCGGACUGUGAGUCGGCGAAAAGGAAGCAUGGAUCAGUACCUCUUGCGGUCCAGUAGCAUGGCUGGGGCCAAGUAGCACCCGACGAGCAGCGUUACCUAUUUUUCAGAGGUCUUUGGGCUUGAUCAUUUACCCUGAAGAAAUGAAUGUUCUCACUUUGGGUUUCUUUUAAUGGCAAAACACUGUCUAGCAUGAUUCUGAGAGGUCUCGGGCCUUUGUAGUAUAUAUAGCCAAGGAAGCUGCAUCUCUGCCCCCCUGUGACCCGGGCCAGAAGCGCUCCUCACCCCCUAAGUGACCCACCCCUUAGGGCGUCUGGGCCAAAUCUGGCAGCCCCUGCUUGGGGUGAGAUUCAGGAGCACAAUGGCCGGGGUUAGAAAUGGUAGAGGAAAAGGGGACACCUUCUCAAACUGACAGACCUCCUGACUUCUUUCAGCAGGUGUUGUUUUAAAUCAGCCAUGCAGAUAAAAAUUAGUUCCAUCUUUUUUCAAAGAAGUGGAACAGUGUAGUUCUUUGGCAGAUCCAUAAAGAUUAUGUUCCCCCUUCUUACCCUUGCCGCAAGUAAAUAUUCCUAAUUAAAUCAGUUUUUAUGCUUCUACAAAAGUUAAUUUACAUUCCUUGUUUAAAAAAUAACAUUUGAUUAAUGCUAUAUAGUUGACAGACCACAUUCAUAGUCAUUGUUUAAUUUGGUCUUUUCAGGAGACCUAACAUGUAAGUGGUAUUAGUCCCAUUUUUAGAUGAUGAAACUGCAGUGCAGAUGUUCAGUUUCUCUCAACUACUAAGGGCAUAGCCCAGACUGACUGCUGGGUCUCCCAACGACAAAUCCCAUGGAUUUUCCACACUUAAAGAGGUUGCCAUAAUGGACAGCGAUCCAAGGACGUACCAGGGGAGCCUAGAGAAAGCAAGCUGGGCUUUGAAUGCUGAUUGUGCAAAACCCACAUGCAGAUAAUUGAGAUUGACUGGAAGUGUAAACAUAUACUGUGCAAUUAUCCCCAUCCCUACAGUGUACAGCCUUCUGUUUUCCUGGGGUUCCACUCUGUUAGAUAAACUACAAUUGGACUUCAUUGUUACUCUCCAUAUGGCCAAGAGUUAUCUGCAGUGUUGAUCUAAAAUCCAGAAAAUUUGCCCAGAAGUCAGGCAAGAACAGUACUGAAACUCCCUACUGUGGAAACAAGGAAUCUAGCUGGAUACAGCUGGUAAAUUCAGUCCCAUGGACCUUUGGGGUUUAUUUUCCUUAGCAGCUGACACCAUGUGUCUUUUGCAUCUCUGGUGGUGCUUGGUGCUUCUGCCCAUCUGGGCUCAUUGAAAGUAGGGAUUAAGAUACGAUUUUAGGGAAUCUCAGGUGGCCUGGCAUUCCCUGUGCAUGUAUGAGCUGUUACUAUAAAGUCAUGUGACUGGCAUUUUAACAAACCUUUCAGAUCUUAUAUAUCCCAAUGUAUGUUGUUCCCCUCAGGUGGCCUCAGCAGGAUGCUGCAUAGUUUUUCCAAUGAUGUUGCCAUUGGUGAAAACAUCUCUGGAACUGUCCUCAAAGUCUAGAGACAUCUAGACAUCUAAUGUUCGAACUGCAAAGGACGUUAAUGGUCAUCUAUUCCAACUUCCUCCUCUUACUAAGGCAGAAGCUAAGAUCCAGAACGACUCACUUAUCAAGAUCGCAAAGGAUUUACUAUAUCACCUACUUUUGCUUCUUCUCAGAUUUGCCUCCCUUCUUCUCGGCAAAUCUUUCAUCUUUGGGGUUAUAGGAAAGAGAAUUUUAGUUUGAAACUAGUCAGAAGCUAUUUGAAGCUUCUGGAAGAGAAGGUAGGUUACCUAGGGCUUGGAGUCAGAAAUGAGGUGCAUCUGUAAAGCAGUCAGAGCAGUUUUCUUGGGCAGCUCAUAAACAGUUCCCAAAGAGGAGUUCCAGAGAUGUCUGAAGUAUUUUGGCAAUCACUGAGAUAUGUGGAACCUCCUCAGUGACUACUUUGGUGGGGAGUGUCACUUACCUGAAUGUAUGUAUUCUGUGUUCUGUGUGUUUGUGCGUGCACACGUGCAGAUGUUUGUUUAGAAAAUAUACAUCAGUACUUUAUAUUCAUACCACUUCAGUUUUAGGUCCUACCAGCAACAUACGCCCUCCAAAGGCUGCUGGAGGGCAUAUUGGUGCCCAAGAUAGAAGAGCUGGCACUGGUUUGUAGAGACAGGGAGGGUGACUUACUAAAUGCCCUCAGAGAAGACAUCAGUUACUGCCAUUUCAUGGAGUUCCUUUUCGAUCUUAGUAAAUGUUAUUGUAAGGCUAGUCUCAUUGGUAGUAGCAAAGACACUUAUUUUUCCACUUGUCACCUUUUUCUAUAUCUUCAAUCAUUUGAAAAACACUCCAGUUGGAACUGAUUUUUGUUUUUGGAAAAAAGAUAAAUAUUUUUAAUAGAAAAGAUAUAUAUUUUAAAUAUUUCCCCAAAAUAAUACUUUCAUUUUAAGAAAUUGCUUAGCAGUAGCAACAAGUUUUAGCAUCAGAUGCAGAGUGAAAAUUUCUUGUUAGGCAAAUAUUCCAACAGCUGGAUCCAGCUUACUGACCACCUACUGUGGAACCUCGAAUGGUACUGACAGUUGUAGUUUCCAAACUUCCAGCUGAGCAGCAGUCCUUCAAAUAUAGACAAAGCAGUUUAGGUUAAGGAGGGAGGAGGCUUAAUCUUUAAUCUUCUUGGCUUUGGAGGAGGGUAAAACCACUAAGGUAUUAUCUGUAUUUUAGGAUGCUUCCCAUACUUAACAACUAAAACCUGAACACUUAUUUCUGGAAAAUUUCCCUCUCCUGUUGCUUGAUUGUGAAGUUGGUCACAAAUGGAGUUGUUGACGUGAAUUCUUUGGAGAAAAAGACGAAUGAAAACGAUGGGGAGGGUUUGUGAGCUAGAAUGAAAGAUACACUAUCUCAGAAAACAAACAUUUCUCACAAGUCACUGGACUCUUGAUUCACCAUAGAAAUUUCCCAUGUUCUUCUAACUCUGUUCCUUGUGUAUAUGCUUUCUGUGUUUUUUCUUAUUAAAGGGGAAGUUAUGAGAGGUUGGAGGGUAGAGGUCAUUCUGAUGGGUAAUCCAAGAAAUGUAAUGCCCUAAGAAGGGGGCUCUCAGCCCUUUUUUUAUCAAGUGGGAAAGAUACUUUGGGAACAUGUUCGUGAUCCGUUGAUUGUAUCUGCUGAAAGAAGUCACCUGGGCCUGUUGGGUUAAUGUCAGAUCUGGGGAUUAUGUAUCUAGCCCUUGGCCCCUUUCAUGUAAUUGCCUCUUUUUAGAAGGCUUCUUGGCUGAAGCUUCCCAGGAAAACCUUUUUUAAGUGGCUUCAUUUAUUUUUUAAAAUUUAAUCUUUAAAUUUUUGCCUGGAGGAAGCAUUGGUGAUGAAUGCUUUCUGUGUGUUUUGUUCAUUUCCUCUUAAAGAAAAAUGCCCUUAAGAGAUUAAAGCUGCUUAAUUAAUUGCUAUGAUAUUACAAACAGACAAACUAAGAUGGAAAGUUGCCAUUGUGCUUGACUGGUGAAGCUGAUGACCGAAGGCUGUGCCGUUUGUCCUUUUUGUUCCAUUUGACAGAUAUUUCCUGAGCUUCGAACUUGUGCCAACCCUGUGCAAAGUCAUGGAUAUAAAGAUGGAAAGGACAGUCUUGCUCUUGA